UUUUUUUUCAUGGGAUUUAUAAUAUGUCCAAUUGCAUUUGUCUCUCCUGUUGUGAGUGGUUGCGCUGGAGAUACUAUUGUCCUAAGUUGUGAUACUAUUGUCUUUUAUCUUUGAAUAAUCUGGAGGUAUUUUUGUCUUAUAAACCUUGUUAAUCUAAGGAUGUUUUUCUUCGGCUUCAUUUUUUGUUGACUAAAUGAGUGAUUUUUUUCCCUAAAAAACCAGAAUAAUGAUUCUUGAGCUCUGCAUAUUGGCUUUCUAUGCUACUUAUGGAUUCUGGGAAAGAAGCCUUGAAUAUCUACGUAGGAGUAAAGAAAUAUAUGGAAAGGUGAAUUACAAUGAGGAGGAUUGCCUUUUCCAAAAACGUAUCGAAGAGUAUUGUCUUAUGAACAAAUAUAAUGGGAAUGAUCGAAUUAGUAGACUGCCUGAUGACAUUCUAUACUCAAUUAUCUCAUUAUUGGAAGUAAGAGAUGUUGUUAAGGCAAGUGUGUUGUCAAGAAGAUGGAGAUAUAUCUGUGCUUCGUUGUCUAACACUAACAUAGAGUUUGACUUGUGUAAAAUGUUUGGGAGAUCUAACAAUUGUAACGACGUUGGUGCCCGUCUUGGACUGCCUGGCUCAUACAAUAAAAACAUCACUAAGGAAUGGCUAAUCCUCAAUGCUCGUAGGCAUAUUGAACCACACCUUUGCCCAAUUGUUAAGCACAAAUUUGCGCAAACAGUGCAUCAGUUUAUAAAGCUCUACUUGUCUCCACAGAUAUGUUCUUUCAAGUUUACUAAUGCAGUCAACCGUUGGAUCAGUUUUGCAACAAGAAUGGGUGUUGAAAGGUUUGAUCUCAACUUCGUAUGCUCUUCUCACAUUAAGUACCGCAACAUGUACGAUGACCUUUAUACCGAGGCUUCCAAUCUGAAGCAUUUGCGGGUAUACUCGUGCAUGUUGAAACCAGAUAUCUGCUGUCGGUUCAACACCCUCCUUACCCUUGAUCUAAAUUAUGUACCAUUAACUCAAGGUGAUUUGGAGAAUCUCCUUGUUGUCUGUUUGAAGCUAGAGACGGUGAUGGUGAAACAAUGCAACCUUCCUGUUAAAUUUUGCAUAUUUGGGCCCCCCAGCUUGCAAACGGUGGUGGUGAAUUGUUGUCGUGGCUUGAAGGAGAUUGAGCUUUCUGCUAUUAAUCUCAGCACCUUUGAACUCACUGAUUUUGGCACGAUAAAAAUCUCGUUUUCCAUGUGCCAAAGCUGA